AAGGGGAUGGAGCACGAACUACACAAGACCUCGCAGUAUGUUCAUUGUCUGCCGUGCAUGGUGACUUGCUUAUCGAAUCCAAAUGUAUGAUCACUGUAGGUGAGACACCCUGUGCAUCAAAGCUCAAGCAGCAGUUCACAGCUUUAUCUUGCUCCAUAGUGAAUUAUAAGGAGCCGGCAACAUUACGGACAGUCGCGUUCUAGGUCUCCCGGCGCGUAAUUAUCUUCUCUUGAAGGUUAGCUAUUAAUCUACAUGGCAGGCGACGAAAAGCUGAGUGGAGCACUUGAUGCUGCUCAAGGCGAAGAUGAAUAUGACUCCGCUUCCGAUGAAGACUUCAAUCCGGAUAGCGCACCUCAAGAUGAUGUCUCGAGCUCUUCCGAGGACGAAGCUGCUGCGAAUCAACCGUCUGCAAAAAGCAAGAAGCGGAAAAAUGAUGCCGAACUAGACUCUGGCGACGAGGCCACCAUACAAGCUAGACGCAAGGCAACAAAGAAGAGGAAGAAGGGUUCUAAAGAAGCCGGGGGGGAUGACGACGACAUUGUGGUCUUCUCCGACGAUGAAGGCGGCGAAGGAGGCUUGAUCAAAACACGGGCUCAGAGACGGACUGAACAGAAAGAGCAUCGGAAAUUGGCAAAGGUUGACGGUGCUACUAUUGAUCUCGAAUCCGUCUGGGCACGAUUGUCGAGUGCGCCUGUGGGUCGAGCCGUCGAGCAGGUCGCUUCGGAGAACGAGGAUGGCAAGGCUCAUGAUAAACCGGUGAAUGUCGAGGAUAGUGAUGACUAUAUGACUGUCAAGCGGACGUAUAGGUUUGCCGGGGAAGUUCACACGGAAGAGAAGCGAGUACUGAAAUCUUCAAAAGAAGCGAAGCUAUACCUAUCUCAGCAAGAGGAUAAGAAGGAUGACUCGGAAAAGGAGAAUGCUGACUCCAAUGGUCCGGAUGAAGUCGUAGAAGGGCCACCACCUGUUGUUCGGCCCCCGAAGCGUCCAUCUCGCUUUGAACCGAACCCGACUGGCUACGUAAAAAAUCUGGAUCCCAAGUACCAGCGAUUCUGGCCACGAAGAGCACCCGUUGCUGGAACCGAUCAAGCAGGCAUUGUUCCGCAGCCACCACAGCAAGUCAGAGUUCUCGAUCCUAAAGCGCAGAAAGUCAACACGGUCGACAAGUCGCGACUCGAUUGGGCUGGGUUCGUGGACAAAGAAGGAAUUGCAGAUGAAUUGGACGAGUAUGGAAAAUCCAAGCAAGGCUACCUUGCGCGUAUGGAUUUCCUACAAAACGUCGACGCAAAGCAAGAAGAUUCAAGGAGAGAGGCGAGGCUGGCCACCCAGACCAAGCCACAGCCAGCAGUCGUGGAAUAAAGAUUUCUGGAG